AUGCUCCUUUUCCAUAUUAAACAAAUUUCUAAAUUGAUAUCUACUUAUAAUGUGGCACAAAAAAGGGAUUUUUUACUAUUUAUUUACAUUUCAUUUUUAUAUCGUUUUCGACAUUUUGCAAAUUUUGGUUUUGUUGCUACUGUAUGCUCAUAUAUAUGGCUAAUUGACCUCUUAAUUCCUGAGCCAUGACUUAUCGGGACUCGAAACCUUGGGGAGAAAGCGAGGUGUUAA